CUCUCACCAUGCAAGCCUGCACGUGGACCCGCGGCCACAGAUCGCCGACCUGCAGGUCGUCGGCAGUGGCGCACCCCCGCCGCCUCCUAGCGAGGCCCUCGACAGUGCGCUGCUCUGCACUCGUCGAGGAGAAGACGAAGGAUGCGGGUCAAGGCAAGGACGGAGCCAGCGGGGAGGAAGACGCCGCUGCUGCCCUAGCGUCGGCGCCCGCCACCGGCCUGGCGGCGGUGCCCCGGCCUCCCAAGCUGCCAGUGGCAGAGACCAUCUGCAUGGAAGGGUUUGGCUGGGACAGCUGCAAGGAUGGUCACUGGUGGAAGAAAGUGGAGACGACAAUCCCAGAGCUGCAGGCCGCCGGCAUCACACACCUCUGGCUCCCGCCACCCAGCCAGUCCGUCUCGCCACAGGGCUACCUGCCGGGGCAGCUGUACAACCUUAACAGCAACUACGGAUCCAAGGAGGAGCUGGAGAGCCUGAACAAGGCGCUGCUGCUGGCGGGCAUCAGGCCGGUGGCCGACGUGGUGAUCAACCACCGCUGCGCCCAGUUCCAGGAUGAGAACGGGGUGUGGAACAAAUACGGCGACGACCCCGCUGCCUGCAGGUGGGCCAUCACCUGUGAUGACCCCGUAUUCCAGGGCACCGGCAACAAGGACUCUGGGGACGACUAUGCGGCGGCGCCAGACCUGGACCACCACAACCCCGAGCUGCGCGACAGCCUGGUGGACUGGCUCAACUGGCUGAAGACCGAUGUGGGGUUCGAGGGCUGGCGCUUCGACUUCAUCCGCGGUUACGCCGCCAAAUACGUCAAAGAGUACAUUGAGCGCACCACCGGCCCCGACGUGUUUUACGUGGGCGAGAACUUUGUGGACCUGCGGUGGCAGGACUCCAACCUGGAGUACAACCAGGACGAAGCCCGCCAGAAGCUGGUGGACUUUAUCAAGGGCACCCAGUACUGCACGCUCUUCGACUUCCCGACGAAAGGCAUCCUGCAGGCAAGCCCCGCUGGCCCGCUGGCCCGCUGGCCCCGCCUGCUCCGUGCUGACGGGCGGGGCAAGGCGCCUGGCCUGCUGGGCUGGUGGCCGGAGAUGGCCUGCACCUUUGUGGACAAUCACGACACCGGCAGCAGCCAGCAGCACUGGCCCUUUCCCAAGUUGCAUGUGAUGCUGGGCUAUGCCUACAUCCUCACGCACCCCGGCAUCCCCUGCCUCUUCUGGGAGCACCACUACGACUGGGGCCUGGCCGAUCAGAUCAACAAGCUUGUGGCGCUGCGCAAGCGGGCGGGCAUCCGCGCCGACUCCAAGCUGGAGAUCCUGUGCGCCGAGGGCGACAUGUAUGUGGCGCGCUGCAACGGCAACGUCACCAUCAAGAUGGGCCCGCGCUACGACAUGGGCGGGCUGGUGCCCAAGGAGAGCGACGGCUGGAAGAUGGCCGCCAAGGGCCAGGACUUUGCCAUCUGGGAGAAGGCGUAGAGGCCAUCCGUCGGGCCCCCGCUGGCAGGCCUCAUGCGCUGGCGCAGCUGGCAGUGCGGCUUGGGUGUGGUUGCCCUCGCCCGCUGUUCCGCAAGAAUGGAUGCACGUACAGUAACCCGAGGUCCCCUGGGCCUGCUUUUUUCAUCACGCGCUGCCUUGCGCCCUUGCGAGGGCGCAUGGCAGCCCAGCCAUUUUUUUGCUAGCGCCGCCGCUGACAAAUAACAGCACUGCUGAUGUUGGUCGUAAGUAUUGGCCUUUUGUCAGUUUUUAUAUGUGUAGCGGCACCCCUCGGUUUUGGUUUCGUUGUUGUAUUCUACACUGUUCGGAGCCGCCCUUUUUGAGCUCACGACUCGUCCGUCGGACGGCUGACUUUCCGCUACGAUUGGUGGGAGUUCAUCCCUUUGUUGUGAUGCCUGCCUCUGCACAGCUUGCGGGGUGAUGAGAUGAGUCCCAUGGCGCAGGGCACAUGUAACAGGCAAGGUUC